AUGUCCCGGUCCAAAUCUCUAACCCACGGCUCUCCGAUGGCCGGCUUCCCACCGGGGCCCCGGUACAAGCUCAAUAUAACCUUCCACAACGCCUCGCACCUGCCGAUCGCGGACGUUCCCAGCUUCACGUCGGACCCGUACAUAAUCGCGACGCUGCGGUUCCCGGGCACCAUGAUCCCCAAGAUGCACUACCGCACGCAGACCCAGCGGUCGACGCUCAGUCCGUCGUGGGAGGAGACGUGGGUUGUGCGCAAUGUGCCCGUGACGGGCGCCAUGCUGAAGGUCAAGAUUAUGGAUGAGGACCCCGGGAACCAUGACGAUAAGCUGGGCGUCACCAGAAUGUGGACGGGCAAUCUGGAUGCGGCGGAUCUUUUGCCUGACGAGAGAGGCGGGAAGGAGCUGGAGAAACGUCAGACCCUGAGCACGGGACAUGGCACGUGGGUGGGCCUGCUCAGGGUCGCCACGGUUAUGGCGGGGUGUGGCAAGUGGGGGGGUAAAGGGCAGGUGGAUGUCGGUAUCAAGGUCGAGAGGAUCCCGAAGGAGGAUGCCGACAAGGAGCUGCUGGAUAGGGCGUAUACUAUCUCUCCGAACUGGUGGAGCCAGCACUUCUCGCCGUUGAUCGGUAUAAUCACGCACACGACGGUGGAUCUCUCGGCUCCGAACACCAACAGCAAUUCCGUGUCGCCCAGGCGGCCACGGAUCCAGCAUUUCUCGUUCGCGGCAACCAAAAUCCAGCUCCCGGGACCGCUCCCACCCUCGCUCGUCCACCAAUACGUAGUCUUCCGGCCCAUCAUCAAGACCUUCUACACCAAGAAGGGGCUGCUGGGAAUCGCGCUCAACCGUGCAUUGAAACACCAAUAUAGAACCAUCUACAGCUACAACAAGAACACCACAUAUGGUGUCUGCAAUACCGAAGCCUCCAGGGAGGAGCUGGCGCGGAAGUUCCUCGAGUUUACGCACUGGGGCGAGGGCGGGCGGCUGUACACCUACGUGAUAACGCUCGACAGCGAGUGGCGGUUCACGGAGACAGGCAAAGAGUUCGGCAUCCAGAUGUUGAGCAAGCACACGAUGCACAGCAGCGUCAGCAUCCACGUCGGCUUCGCGGGCGAAUUCUUCGUGCGGCCGCUCGCGAUGAAGCAGCACCCGGCGCCACCGACCAAAUUUGCCGCCGACCACUCGCCGACCCGCCUCCCCCCCUCAAAGAACAUCGCCGACUACGAGCUAGUAAUCGACAACGACAGCGGUACGUACCGGCCACCGCGCGAGCACCUGCCUGAUCUCCAGCGCUUCCUAGAUACCGCCCUUCCGGGGCUCAGAGUCCGUGUCGCGGACGCUUUCGAUGAGGACCAUAUGGCCAUGAAGAAAGCGCACACGGAGGAGAAGGAGCGACGGUCGAUGACCACCAGGUUUAAGCAGCUGUCCUCGCCAAUGGGCAGUGAUGAUGAGGGGAAUGGAUCGUGGAGCUCGAGUGAUGAGGAGGAGCUGCAGACUGGACGUGUAAGCAUCGGUAGGCGGUAUAAGAGGAAGCUGUGGAAUAAAGUCGAGAAUGCGGGCGACUCGGAGGUCAAGGGCGGGAAGGGGAAGGAACGGGCACGGUCGGCGUGAGGUGGGGUGGAAUAUGGGAAGUGCGCUUAGGAUUGUGGUUGUGAUUGUGAUGGUGAUUACGGAAUUGAUGAUACCUAUACCUAUACCCUGAUGACUGUAUUUACGCGGGUUAUUCUGUAGAUAGUUUAAUGGUAGCUGGUUUUGUUUGCGGAGGUUGAGGGCUGCUCUGGAGGAGGUCUUACGAGCGUCCACUCCUGCGUAGCUUCAUCCAUACUUUGUACACACUCGCUUUGUUCAUUGCGUUCGACUGUUAGUUACCGAUUAUGACAGUUGUAUGACAUCC